AUAAUUAAAGUAGAUUUUAAGGCCAGUAACUGGAAAGGAGGCACGGAAAGUAAGUUACAGAAAUGGUAAAAGUUUGUUCUUUGAACCAGGAAAUGAUCUUAUGAUGUAUUUUGCUGUGUAUUAGGGAAUGUUUAAGUGGUUAGAUUGGCUUUGAGAUUAUUUUUUUAAACUGAUUUUGGUGUCUAGUCAUUAACAGAGUAGCUAUGUGUUUUUCACAUAAACAGCAAGAUGGAUCAAGGGCAGUUUCAUAUACCUUUUUAAGUCUCUUCACAGGAAGCUGUGAUCACUUGUCUUCCUUUUUGCAGCGCGGUUAAGGGUAUGAGCGGUUGCGUCAAUGUGUUUUUGUGCGGUGGAGUGUGCUGGAGUUGGCUGCUUUGAGGGCUGUUUACUGCUCUGAUGGCUCGCGUCUGAUUCGUCGCGUGCCACGUGCCACCUGUUGCGAGCGCAACUGGGUUUGUAAAGGAGCGUUGUGUUGAAGAGCACCGAAGGCGACAGUUACUCUUCUACUCUUGCAUGUGUGCGCUAUAGAGUUUCUAGUGAGUAAUCAUGGAGACAGAGCCGGGUAUCGUGUCUCCAUUUAAGCGCGUAUUUCUGAAGGGGGAGAAAGGAAGAGAUAAGAAAGCUCAGGACAAGUGUGCAGAAAGACGGCCUCUUCACACCUUCUCACUCUCUGUCCCCGACCAUUGCAUUGACCCAGACAUUCUGCUCAACGACUACAUCGAGAAAGAGGUCAAGUAUCUGGGGCAGCUGACCUCAGUCCCAGGGUACCUGAAUCCUUCCAGUCGCACUGAGGUUUUACAGCUGAUUGACAAUGCCAGAAAGUCACACCAGCUGGCUGGACAGCUGACAUCAGAGCAAGAUGCCGUGGUCAGCCUGUCCGCGUACAACAUCAAGCUGGUGUGGCGUGACGGAGAGGACAUCAUCCUGAGAGUACCUAUCCAUGACAUCGCUGCUGUUUCUUACAUCAGAGAUGACUCCCUCCACCUGGUCGUUUUGAAAACAGCUCAAGAGCCCGGAGGCUCACCCUGUCCCAGCACAUGUCCGGAGCUGUCGAAGUCACCUACUCUGAGCUCUUUGUCUGAAAGCGGAGCUGUGGAUGUCUGCUGCCUGCUCGUGCUGGCCGUCGAGAACAAGGCAGCAGCAGAGGAGCUCUGUCUACUUCUUAGUCAGGUUUUUCAGAUAGUCUACACAGAGUCUACUAUCGACUUCCUGGACAGGACCAUUGACUUUCUUGAUGGAGCCACAACGCCCACUCGGCACCUCUCCCUCUACAGCGAUGACUCUUCAAGCAAGGAUGUUAAAGAGCCAUUUGAAGGAGGACCAGGCACAUUCUUGUUUCAGGGCUCAUUAGAGGCUGCAGGACACUCUCCGUGUUCAUCACCAUCAUCCACACCAGCAUCACCACAGGACAAAACAGCCAGCGAGAGUGAAUUAAGCACAACGGCAGCAGAACUGCUCCAGGACUACAUGACCACCUUAAGAACAAAAUUGUCCUCUCAGGAGAUUCAGCAGUUUGCCACACACUUGCAUGAGUACAGAAAUGGCGCCUCCAUUCACGAGUUCUGUAUCAACCUGAGACAGCUCUAUGGAGACAGCAGGAAGUUCCUCCUACUCGGCCUUAGGCCCUUCAUCCCAGAGAAGGAUAGUCAACAUUUCGAGAACUUCCUGGAAACGAUCGGCGUGAAGGACGGCCGCGGCAUCAUCACUGACAGCUUUGGCCGCUACAGACGUACAGCCAGUUCAGCUUCUGACUCCACUACCAACGGCAACGGGGCAGCAGGAGGGUCAGAUGAAGGAACAGUGUCUUCUGAGGGUGAUGAGUGGGACCGUAUGAUCUCAGACAUCAGCAAUGACAUUGAAGCGUUAGGGUGCAGUAUGGACCAGGAAGGUGUAUCACCCUGACAGAAAAAAAACUUUCUCCAUGUGCUUUAGUCAAUCACCACGUAAUAUACUGACUGUUACAUAGUUCACUGGUCCAUGUCACUUUGUCAAAUAAUGCUGGAAUGUCAAUACUCAGUCACCUCAGUUUAUUCCUGCCUUUUAUGUAUUUUUGUAGCCACAUUGCAGUCAUUCAACUGGAUGAUGUUGCUAUAUAUAUGAGACACUUGAAGUGUACAUGGACUUUCUGUAACUGUGCGUGGCACAGGUGAUGCUUUCAUGAGUGUUUAUUGGCAGUAUCUGCUAUCGGUAAUGAGACAGUAGCUUUUUAGGCUGAUCUGGGACCAGCGUUUAGGUUUCUUUAUGAAGGUGUCAGGACAAUAGCAGGAUUUGAAACUCCUUUAUUCUCAAGUGUUCACAUUUAGGAUUAAUGCAAAGUUUUCAAAUUCAUUGUAGUCAAGUGGCGAUACUGUGACUGAAGAGAUGCAAAGUGAAGUAAAGUAGCUUUUUUUUGUUUUUUAAGCACAUUAGAAAUGUUCAUAUUAGUCUGUGGAUUCUGAAGUAAAUCAUAUGCAUGAAUUAUAUCACCAUAGAUGGAAAAUCAAGGCAGUCUUUUAGGCACCAUCAGUAUCAACUGCCUUUAAAAAAUUGCUCUGUCUUUACAGCAUGACCAAGUGAUUUUUUGGGGGGUGGGCUCACGCUGACACUGAUCGGACACUUUAAAAGGCAUUGUAAAAGGUCACGGUUUCCAGGGAGAUCUUUUUUCGCCAUAUUAAUAGCAUUUGAUCCUUGAAUCUCAUCUCUUGAAUUUAUUUUAAGAUUAGUAUUGUCUGCCUGAAUUGAUGAGUCUAGCCAAGGGGUAUUGUCUUAUUCAGCUGUGCGUCAUCUAUGACAUGCAACAAAGUUUAAUCCAUCAAGUGUUUUUAUUUCUCUCAUUAUAUUAACUGUUUGUGUUAUUCUAAUUUGUUUUAAUUGCAUAACAUUUAAACACCUUUUGCUAUUGCAUUUUUUUUUUUUUUUUUUAAAACAACUAGUGCUGGUUGUACUUACCCCGGGAUUGGUUAAUUUGCAUUGCACCAGGUAGAGAACAUGGUUCAAUAUAUUGGUUGAUUUGGGCUGAGGACUUGGUGUAUUUAGAUAUUUGACAAGGCCACGUAGCUGGCUGAUGGUGUUCAGUGUUUUGUUACAUUGCAGAGCAAAUAUGUCUCGUUAUAUGUUGUAGCCUUCCAUCAGUUUUUUGAUAGCCUGACAUUGUGCCUUGCAGAAUAACUGCUUAUUAUAUCAUCCAACAGGGAUGUUAGAAUCAUUCUGUAAUCUGUACAGACUGUGACCAAUGAGUUUUAUUAAAUAUUAUGUUUAGUA